CUCUCUCCCCGUUUAAGUUUAAUGUCGCUCUGUCAUUUUUAUCUCUCGCUUGUAAUAAAGUUUUUCCGUGUGUGUGUGUGAGGAGCUGAAGAUGGCGGCCAGCUCGGAGCGCAGUCCUCCGCCUUUCCCGGACUCAGAGGAGCCCGAGCUGCUGGAGGACAGCGACGAGGGCGCGGAUGCGUUCACCGGCACGUCAAUUUCUGAGAUGGAUUCUCCGUCACCGGACUCAACCAGACCUCCUAAAGACAUCUUCAACGAGCCACCAGAAGACAUCUUCAGCGAUCCUCUUAGCAACAUUAACUCUGAACCCCAGAAGAAAGUAGACGCCAAGAUCCCUUCUCCUAGUAGCGAUGAGGCCAUCGACCUGUUCAGCGACCCGCUGGACGAUGAUAGCGAAGUAAUGAGUUCACCUGAGGUCCAGAAUCCCAUGCCAGAUCUCUUGAACGAGCCUGUAGAAGCGCCAAAGUCUGAUGUCCUCGGUGAACCACCAGUGCACAGAAACGCAGCCCGACAGCAGGAUGUUUUUGAAGACCCUCCGAAGAGCAGCAGCAAAAGCUCUUCCGUCAAGAAAGCAGCGAGUGCGGAGAUGUUCGGUGACGACGAUGAUGAGGAGGAUCUGUUUAAGGAGCCGCCAAAUGUUGUGACGAAGAAGCCUCAGCCCUCGGGACCACCUGUUGAUGUUUUCACAGAGGUGAAAUCAGACGUGAAGGUCAAGCCACAGGUUAAAGAUGACCCCACGGAUCUGUUCGCUGAGGAAGCCUUGACGGCACCUGCCCCCAAACCCUCCGCCGGCAGCAGCAGCUCCAGGACCAAUGGGGUUCACUCUGAGGAGCAGGAUCUCUUCUCAGAAGCUACAGUGGAGUUGUCUCUGGACAGUCCUCGUAAUGACCGCAAGAACAAAGAUGCUGUGAAACCGUCAGUAUCGGCUCCUGCCGCCCCUGUAGCCAGCAGCUCCAGCAAAGCUCCGUCCAAAACCCUGGAGGAGCUUGAGGAAGAGGAAAGUGAGGACAAGUUUGAUCUGAACAUUUCUAUCACGAAUCCAGAGAAAGUCGGUGAUGGUAUGAACGCUUAUAUGGCCUACAAAGUUUCAACACAGACGUCUUUAACCAUGUUCCGUAGCAAGACGUUUACCGUUCGCAGACGUUUCAGUGAUUUCCUGGGAUUGUUCGAAAAGCUCUCGGAGAAACACUCACAGAAUGGAUACCUCAUACCUCCACCGCCAGAGAAGAGCAUCCUGGGUAUGACAAAAGUCAAAGUCGGGAAGGAUGACCCAUCGUCAGCAGAGUUUGUGGAGCGGAGGAGAGCUGCUCUUGAGAGGUAUCUUCAGAGGGUUGUGAGUCACCCGUCUCUACUGCAGGACCCUGAUGUGAGAGAGUUUUUGGAGAAAGAGGAGUUACCCAGAGCAGUCAGCACACAGGCUCUGAGUGGAGCCGGCUUCCUUAAAAUGCUGAACAAAGCCACGGAUGCUGUGAGUAAGAUGACCAUCAAGAUGAACGAACAGGAUGUGGUGAGUGGAAGAACAUGCAGUCAGGGGUGUUUUGAUCAGAGAAUGAAAGCAUGGCAGCGCUGGCAGGACGCUGAGAACAUGCUGCAGAAGAAAAGAGAGGCCGAGGCCAAACUCCUGUGGGCCAACAAACCUGACAAACUCCAGCAGGCCAAGGAUGAGAUCUCUGAGUGGGAAGCAAAAGUCACGCAGUACGAGAGAGAAUUUGAGAGAAUCUCAGCCACCGUACGGAAUGAAGUCAUCCGAUUUGAUAAAGAGAAAGCUCGAGAUUUUAAUAGACAAGUCAUCAAAUAUCUAGAGUCUCUGCUGCACUCACAACAACAGCUGAUAAAAUACUGGGACGCGUUUCUGCCAGAGGCGAAAGCGAUCGUGUGAGGCGGCGUCUGCGCACAAACACAAACUCACCGAUAACCGAGGCCUUUCUACACUCUUUACCUCUCGCCUAUAAACCAAGAGAAAUCGCGCUGCAAAGGGAAAUCAUCUAUCCGGCCGCUCGUUACUCUGAGUUAGUAACUUGUAUAUUUUCUGUGUAAUCUUCACCAUUAUUUUCUUACAUUGCAUCUUUAUUGUUUUGGGGAUGUGAAUGCAUGUGGUGGCUGGGUGUCUUCCUCGUCUGUAUGCAACCAAACCUCUUUCACUUGGAUUUGUUACUCGUCAGUAGUGAUGUCAGUGGUUUACACUAGAGGGCACUCGCCGCUCAUUCAUAUACUCACGCUCUAAGAAACUUCCCAUCAGGCCAUUUGUGUGACCUGUCAAGAAGUUUGUACCAAUUAAGGAGGGUUUUCAGAGACUAAUAGUGACCUAGUUUGUUUUAGACGUCCAGAAUAUUGGUAUAUACACUUUUAAACACCAUGAUGACAUUGUAUUUUGCAAGUAAAAGAGGUUGUAAUAGUUAUUGGGGACUGUUGAAAUAGAAUGACUGAAACUGGCUGGAUGCAGUGGAAAUGACAGGAACUGUAUGUCAACACUUCUACUGAUAGAAAUUCAUCAGUGAUUUCUUUUUUUUCUUUUCCAAAGGAUCAUUUUAAAUCUUCUAUAGAUUUAGGAUCAUGUUUCUAUGUACAGUGCGCAAACGCACUCCUAAUGUGUUUUAUAUCAAUAUCAGAUCUCUUUAACCUGCUCAAACAGGAAGCCCAAAGCACUUCAGUCUUAAAGUUGGUUUUCUUUGUGCAUUAUUUCAUUCCUUUUCUCUUCAUUUACUUCAUUUUAAGUUUUCAUUUGUAGACAUUUAUGCCAACAUGUUAUUAUUUUGUCAAACCAUAUUUGUUAUCCACUCACAUCUGUCAUGUUAUAAUAAUUAAUAACCUUUUGCUACUCUACUAAUAAUGAUUAAAUUGUUUCUACAUCAGAUUUUGUUUUUUUUAUACAUUUUGCUGCUGUUAGAUUCAUUGUCAUUCAUAACGUUUUGUUGUUUGUUUGUUUAUUAGUUUGCUUCAUGAAUGAUAUUUUGGGCCCUGCUGUAAUGACACUUUGGACAGACAUCAACAGGUUCAACUUCACCAUUAGGUGCCAUAAUAAUCAAAAGUUUGUUUAUUAGAAAAAUG